UUAUUAAUGGCUGCCGUGAGUCCAGAAGUAGGGACGGACUUUCAAAUGUGUCGAGAAACGAGAUGAAAUGGCGCCUAUAGAGCCCCGACCGGGGGUUUCUGGCCGAUUCUGGAUUCUUGGAGUCCUUCUACUUCUCUGUGGAUGCGGUGUAUCAGUUGCUGACUGGUACCAGGGUUGUUACCUGGAUGAUGCUGUGUCACCAGUCUUCCAGAUCCAGCCCGGAAACUGUGAUCACAUCACCCCAGCUGACUGCAGCAGAGCCUGUUACAGGCUAGGGUAUGGAUAUGCAGGUUUACAGGGAGGGGACCAGUGUUCCUGUACCAACAACAUCAACAGACUCAUCCUAACCACACAGGACCAGUGUAACAUACAGUGCCCGGAUGAUACCACCCAGCGAUGUGGGGGGAACUCCAGUCUAGAUGUGUACUCUGUGGACGGCCCGUAUCUGCUGGAAGCAUCCCUGUCCCCCGCGGCAGAGGUGGUACAGUCGGGGGAUGUGGCACAAGUCGACGUCACCGUGGUACUAGCCAGUGCCUUCAACCUGUCCACAGGUCUCCCAAGUUACAACACCUCCCACUUUGAGUAUGUGGACUUUUCGUGGAGCUACGGAGAUGGGCAAAAUGGAACGUCCCAGGCCAGGGUUACCUUGGAUACAAGCAUUAUGUCUCUCAUGCACCAGUAUGCCAGAGUGGGGGAGUACACCAUUGAAAUGCACAUCCAGAACCCUGUAUCCGCCAUGUCCGUCCGAGCGAACAUCACCGUCGUUCCUCCGGUCCCGGCGGACUUGGAGAUCGAGCGCGCUCCCGGAAGCGAUUCGGCGUCCAUCCCAUCAUGCAGUUACUCCUCCUCCGCUCCCGACGCGGAGACCAUCACGGUUUUCGCGGACGUUCCGUUUCGUUUGGAGGCAUCCGUGGGGAGGGGGAAGAACCUGUCCUUCUACUGGGAGCGAGACGACGGCUCUUACGUCAUCUCUACGCCGUAUUUGAACGUUCUAAACCCCUGCCAGGGAGUGGUCAACUGUUCAAGGGACAUUCAGACUCAUACAUUCCGAUCCCUGGGAGCACAUUUUGUUCGAGUGAAUGUCUCCAACUCACUAGGUUCUGUGGCAGGAAUCAUAGAAGUGAUUGUUGUUGACCGUUCCAUCUCCAACCUGACUGUGUCCCUGGAUGGCGGGCCUGCGGUCACGACACACGGACAGGCCACCACGUUCCUCCUCACCAUGGUAACCGCAGACCGCAGUACCGCGUUCCUGGAGAUCGCUCUCGGAGAUGGAACGACCUUCAACCACUCUCUCAACAACCGGCGCGGCGAACUGCUCGGAUCUAGAUCCUCUUCCGUGGAUCAGUUUCAGAUCACGGCCAGUUACCUUGAAGACUGUGACUUGAGCGUAGGUUUCAGCCAUAUCUAUAGCAGCAGCGGAUCAUUCCAAGUGUCAGCACGUGCGUGGAACGACGCGAACGAAAUGACCGCUGUCAUGGCGGACUUGGUCGUAGUCCAAGCCGAAAUUCACAGAAUACACCUUUCCCUAAGCAGCGCACUACCUGUUGAUGCCCCUCAAAACAUUACCGUACAUUACGCCGAACAUACUGGACCUGUAACUGUGGUUUGGGACAUUACCAACGCAGAUGGGCCCUACUCUUUCAAUACAAAUUCCAGCGAAGGGACUAUUGAACACGUGUUUACCAUCCCAGGUACAUACACUGUGAGUGUAGAGGUCUCUAACUUGAUAAGUUCGCGCAGAGAAUCCAAGGAAGUCAUAGUUCAAGUCCCAGUGUCCGGUCUUACACUGACAAGCGAUAAAGCGAGGUAUAUCAGAACUGGCGAGUCGGUGGUAUCUAUGGCAACGGUUUCCAUGGGAACGGGCGCUCAGUUUUCCUGGGACGUCUCGGACGGAAGGCAACCGAGCGUACAGUCUACCACGAACACUUCUUCCGCCAGCCAUGUUUUCGAACUACCCGGGAUUGUGAACGUUACAGUGACAGUUAGCAAUCUGGUGACUAGUCCAGUUGUAGAGAAACUACAGUUUCAUGUACAGGAGCCAGUACUAGUGGUGAAACUUGCAGUCACCACGCCGGUUAUAUUAGGCAACAGCACAGACAUUGUUGCAAAUAUAGAAGGAGGGACAGAUGCAAAAUGCCAUGUAGAUGUAGGAGGCAUAUCGUACAACGUCACAGUGACUGAAGGAAGAUGUGAGAUUCAACACCUGUUUGCAACUGCUGGGUUGCACAGGGUGGUGGUGACUGUGUACAAUGAUGUGUCCGCCGUGAGGGAGCAGGUAGACGUGGAAGUGCAGGAAAGCAUUUCGGGGGUGGAGCUGGAAAUGUUGGGGAUGCCAGUGGUGGGAGAGAGCAGCAUGUUUGUGGUGAAAGAACAAGGAAGCCUCAGCAGUAUAGCAGAUGCCCUGUACACCUGGCGGCUGGAUGGUGAACUGCAGGGCUACACGGCUGUCCCAGUCUUCAGCACUUCUCUCUCUGAUGAGGAAACACAUGUUUUAUCUGUGGAUGUUAGCAACUUGGUGACUACACAGAGUGCCACCAUGGAUGUCCAGUCGUCGGCAGAAGCCAUUGAGCCGUACCUACAGCACAGUGGAGCAUCGGCGUCAGGGCAGGCCGUGGAGUUCACGGUCGUGUUUCCCUCUGGGUGGACGCUAACCGCUGCCUCCAUGUCUGUUGGGUAUGGGGACAACACUGAGGAAACUCACAACAUUCCUAAUGCAAGGCAAUACAGGUGGAGCCAUGCCUACACGAGUGCUGGACUGUUUGGGCUGGUUGUAAACCUGACUGUGAAUGGUGACCGUGCCCAGCUCUUCAGCUAUGUGUCUGUCCAGGAGCCAAUCAGAAACCUUCAUGUGGAGGGACCACGGCAUGUCAAACUGCUCAGCCCUCCCAGCUCGCAGACAUGGCAUGCAGUUUCUGACUCCGGUACAGCAGUGGUAUAUCGCUGGAUACUGGACGAUAACACCACUGUACUCACAACUAUGGACAGGGUUUUGCACACCUAUAGCACCAGUGCCACAUAUGCAGUGGAGCUCUUUGCAUCAAAUGGAAUCGAUUCGCAGCAAGCUACCACAACUGUUGUUGUCCAACAUCCACUAACACAGCUGGACAUCAGUGUGAACCCAGUGCUACAGGGUGAAGAGACUGAUAUACAGAUAACCGUUACGGGUGGGAGAGAGUUUGAUUUUGACGUUGACUUUGCCGACGGAACCAGACAAGUCUUUUCGUCCGUACACGACAGCGAUUCUCUCGUGGUUUCUUCCGUUUCGCGCAGAAAUGAUGACAUUCCGACAAACACCUUUUCUCUAAAUCACACGUAUCCCAAUGUGGGAGAGUACCCUAUCUCAGUCAAUGCCUCGAAUCAUGUGACCUGGCUCAGCCAAUCAGCAUCAGCCGUGGUCGUUGAGCCAAUCACGGGACUGCAGUUGAUGGUGCAAGAUGGACAGACGACAGUAACAACAGGGACCACUGUAGUUUUUGCAGCAACAGUGGCAACAGGGUCGGAUCUGAGGUUUACCUGGAUGUACGAAAGCACAAACAGUCCAUUCCCAUCGCAAAUCUCCAAUGUGCAAAGUACUUUGAACAGCAGCACAGCUACCCACACCUUCAACAUUCCGGGCACCUACACUGUGACAGUUAACGGGAACACGCGUGUGCCUGUCUACAACCCUCCUGUCAGAGCUCGGAUCACUGUUGUUGUUGGCCAGAGGAUCUCAGGCUUGAUGCUCGAUCCACCCAGACAGUUCUUUACCCCGGUGUUUCAUGCCGAAUUUUCCCUACAAUCGGAUGGAAACUGGGCAACAGUGCCGUUACCCUUUGAAGCAUCCGUGCAGCAGGGUACAAGCGUGAGGUUCCUCUUUGAUUUUGGCGAUGGCUCUGGGACAUUGGAAGUUCCUGGUGCUGUAAACCCCUUCUUUGGUGACAUCUCAGGCAUUGCAAGACAUGCGUUCACACAGGUCGGAAACUACUCCGUUUCUGUCGUUGCCGUUAAUGAGUUGAACAACGAGUCCACGAGCCUGCCGCGGCCGUUUUUCGUGGAAGUCGCGCCGUUUGGCUUGUCGCUGGAGAGCGAAUCGUACUUGACACCGCACGGGAAUGUGACGGAGCUUCGCGCCACGCUGGAUAGGGGAACGGAUGUAACGAUAGAUUGGGCCAUGGGGGACCAGACUGACUACACUGAUGCUGGUUUGAGCGUGCGGCACACGUACAGGGAGCGUGGAGACUACACUGUCACCGUGGUUGCCAGUAACAGGGUCGGACGACAGGAGGCCACUGCCGAAGUGAAGGUCCUGGGAAGGGUGCAGGGUGUGGAGUUGAGCUUGGAUGGAUCCCUCUUCCCAGCCUAUCAGGACGUGACUUUCAAUGUUGUUACUGUGACCAAUCACGCGAGCUGGUACAGGUGGCACCUGGGUGACGGGGAGACCAAGCUGACAUUCAGACCUACACUGGACUAUCAGUACCAAGAAAACGGAAGAUUUACAGUGUACGUAACUGCCGGGAAUGAAGUCAGCCAGGCCGUGUCUUCACCAGUGGAGAUCGAGGUACAACUGCCGGUCGAGCUUCGCUGGAUAAAGUACGACACGUCCACGGUCCUGGGCCAGCCGACCGUCUUCACCGCGUACUGGGUGGGCAGUAACCAGAACUUCACCUGGGACUUUGGGGACAACGUCACAGCCUUGACACAGGAGGACAGCAUAAGUCACACUUACACCAGGCCUGGGGAGUACGUUGCCAUGGUAACUGUUACCAACGACGUCAGCUCGGAUACGCAGGAGCUGCAGGUGUUCGUGGUGACGGAGAUGUGCAGUCCACCUGACCUCCGCAUCCUCGGAGCACCUCGCAUACAGAUCAACUACUCCAGGCGUCUGCGGGUUGAGUCAGCUAUAUUCAUCGCCUGCAAUGCCACCCCCGUGGCCGUAUUCCAGUGGACCGUUUCCAAUGGAACGGGACAUACCAUCCAGCCCGAGGGAGUGGAGGCGGGGGUGUUCCAAGAGAGAAUCCUGGUGUUGCCCAGUCACAUUUUGCCUUAUGGAAACUACACUUUCCACCUCAAGGUCCAAAUGAAUGGCACUAUUGUGUAUGCCACGUCGUCUGUGCUGGUAACUGUGACACAGACCCCGCUGAGAGCAGUGAUAGUCGGUGGAACGGCCAGGAAGGUUGGUCGUAACUCCACCCUGACGGUAGACGGGGGCAGCUCCCUGGAUCCUGACUUUCCCAACAGUCCUGGAUUGAACUACAACUGGACCUGCUACGUUCUGGGGAGUCCAGAUACCCCUUGUUUCCGCGUCCGCAACAACAACGGGAGCGAAAUGAACGCCUCCUCACCGCUGGAAGUGGACGCUGCUGUUGUCAGCUUCCACGGCAGACGGUUGCGGAUAAACGCCAACUUGUUCGUGGUGGAACUUGUCGUGAGUAAGGACGACAGGAUGGCGAUCACGACGCAAGUACUGAAUGCCACCGCGACUGAAUACCCUAUAGAGCUGCAGAUAGACUGUCCACAGUGCACAUCUGGAACAGUGAACAGUAACAACAAGCUGACACUCCAUGCCGUGUGCCCUGAGUGUGACAAGCUGCCUGAUGUAGACUUCUUGUGGCAGUUAUUCAAAGUGUCGGAGGAAAACCACUUUGAUCCAGACACUCCCCUGGCUUGUGUGGCCCCCGAUGGUUCUAACUACCAGCCCAUCAUGGGUCCCAACGGCACUGCCACGCCCAGCAACGGUUCCCAGGCGUCGACUGAAGCAGGGGACGAAACAACUGUCAAAAUUACACAGCCUCGAGUCACGGUGGUUCCAAAUAUAGAUGAAAACGGACGUGAUGGUAAUGUUGCCCCUCUUCCUGGGGGCAGCUUCCCUGACAGCGAGUCCUUUGAUCCCUUUGAGUUUGAGAUCUCGGAGGGCGGGGACGGAGACUCGGACAGGGAUCAGGGGAUUGGCUGGCCAAGGGACCUGUUUCCCAUCGGGGAGGGGGAUUCUGGGACAGGCAACGACGGCAGACCCACCCUCGCACCACCGCAGAGACAAACAACACGUGCCACUACAACCAUGGCUACCACCCCUGGGGCGACACAGGCCCCUCCCCCCCACAUCAACAACGGAGACUUGACUGGCAACACUGACCAGAACCCUGAGGAAGCGGACGGAGGGGACCGGCCAGACUGGGUGGACAGACCGGGGGGUGGGGUGGACACCGGCAACUCCGGGGAUUCGAGCGGUCAGUGCCCCCUCUGUCCUGGUGGCAGUGGUCAGACCGGAGGAGACGGAGACGAUGGCGGUGAUGAGGUCAAAGACGACGGGUUACCGGAAGGCGCCAUUCAGCACGUCGUUAGCAAGUACGAUCACGCGCUGCCCUUGAUGGACAAAGCUACCACAGGUAUCCAUGGGAGGUCCCUGGUGAUAGCAGCACACACCCUGAUGGAGGGGAGAAUUUAUGCAGUUGCUGUGAGUGCACGGACUCUUGGCAUGAGUCCAGAGCGCACGGGCCUGGCCAGGAUGUACUUCACUGUGAAUGAGGGCCCGAGCCUGGGGAGGUGCACCAUCAAUCCUGAACAAGGCGUGGAGAUGGAGACUCUCUUCACGGUCUUCUGUCUACAGUGGAAGGAUGUGAAUGGACCACUAGUGUACGAGAUUGAGCAGAGCGUUGGUGACAAGGACGGAACUCGCAAAGUUAUCUACUCAGGGCUGAACUAUGACAACAUCUUCUACUUACCUGCCGGGGACGAACAAGAUGACUUCCAAGUCUACAUACAUGUGUCCAUCAAGAACUCUCUGGGUGCAGUAACACAGGUGUGCUCCAUGCCAGUACAAGUCACACCAAAGAUCAACAUCAACAGCACACAACUGGCUGAGGAGUUCCUUGAUUCGACAGUGGUUGCCCCCGGAAACCAACUGUCAGCCUUUGUCUCCAGCGGCAACAUGGCCGCCGCCCAGCAGUACGUCCAGAUUGCGGCGGCCAUGUUGAACCGCAUGGAAACCAUCCAAUUUGACACGGACGUCAUGGCGCUGAGGCGAAACAUCCGCACGUCCCUUCUCCGCGCCGUGGAACGAUUCUCCGUCAGGGACCAAUCAGAAACCUUACAGACCAGCUCGGCUAUUGCCACGGUAACGGAGGCUGCAAAUGAGCUUGAGACGGAGGCUCUGGUAACUUCUGCCCGGCUACUGGACAUCAUCGCGGACAGACUGACCACGUUUUCCCGCGAUGGUCAGCAGCUCAGUCCGCUGCUCCUGUCGUCCGUGGUGAACGGCUCGUCCAACGUCAUCGCCGCGACCCUGGAGGACGCCGUAACCACGGAGAUGGUAACCAUGGAGACAGAGGCGGCCAGGAGGGACAUCGUGAAGGCAACGGUGCAAGUCAUCGAGAAGGCACUAAAGGCACAGAUGUUGCAGCAGGCUCCAGGAGAGUACCCAGCAGUCCUCACCAGUCGCUUGGUAACCGCUACCACGGCAACGCACCUGUCUGUAAACAACCUACAGGUAACCACGGGCGAUGGGCAGUUCCGUCUCCCGGGUAACCUGGACGCUAUCCUGAAGUCCAGCCGCAGUGGCCCUCCCCUGGCAGACUGUUACGGUACUCACAUGCUGAAGUACAGGAGGAACCCGUAUGCUUGGAGCAGCACUUCCACUAAGGUGUCGAGUGAAGUGGUGUCCCUGUCCCUGUCUACCUGUGAAGGGGAUGACCUGUCUGUCAACAACCUGCCUGACAACAACCGCAUCACCAUGAGGAUACCUCGUGCUUCCUCAUCUGAGACUACGCCAGAAUUUACCCUUGACCGUGAGAACCAGCAGGUCCACAAGUUCAACGUGAGCGCGGAAAACCGUCAGCAGUCGUUACAUGUGUCCGUCAGACUGCGGACUGUAGCAGACAGGAGCUUUCCUAUCAGGAUGUUACUCAGCCAUGAGUCGGAGCCAACUCCUAACAAUGCUCGGUGGGAAAGAGUGUACCGGUACAAUACCCGAACUCUGACGCUGUUCCUCCCACCUGGCUCUCUCAACGAUACUGGCUCGUACUACAUCGGGCUGUUGGACGCAGAGUUUGACAGGAAGCCGUAUCGUAAGUACGCGGUGUCGGAGCGUACGUACACCUUCAGACUGUGGUGGGGGGAGUGCCUGUACUGGGACGAGACCAACAAUAUCUGGAGUGGGGAGGGAUGCGCGCCGCGACAGGACAGUACCUACUACUCCACCCACUGUAGCUGCAACCAUCUCACUGCAUUCGGAGGGGGGUUCCAGGCCUCCAUGGCUGCCAAUGACUUCUUUGAUCUGACUCAGUUUGCAAGACUCAAUGAGAACCCUGUGACCUUCAGCCUCAUCAUUACCAUAUUUGGUGUGUACCUCAUCCUGCUGUUCUGCUGUUACCGUGCCGACAAGCACGAUGCUAAGAAGGAUGGACCAAUCCAGCUGCAGGACAACUCCCUGUCUGACCAACAGUGGUAUGAGGUCACCGUGGAGACUGGCUUCAGGCCAGGUGCCUCUACAUCUGCUAAGGUUUGCCUGGUGAUUUAUGGUGAAGAUGGAACAUCAGAGACCAGGGAGCUGAGCUGUCCUGACAGGGCCUUGUUUGAAAGGAACUCACGGGACAUUUUCAUUGUCAGUGUCCCAGACAAUUUGGGCCCCCUGUGGAAAGUCCAGGUGUGGCAUGACAACUCGGGCGCCUCGCCUAGCUGGUACCUGAGUCGCAUCAUCGUGCGUGACCUCCACUCCAACUACGCCUGGUACUUCCCCUGCGAGCAGUGGCUCGCUGUGGAAUACGAGGACGGACAGGUCCAGAGAGAACUCACUCCUCUUGCUGAUGGAGCAGGCUUUAAGAAGCUGGCGUACUGCAAGGGUUGUCAGUACAUGACAGACUACCACCUGUGGCUGUCCAUCUACACCCGUCCAUCCUACAUCAAGUUCACCCGCGUGCAGCGCCUGACUGUCUGUCUCAGCCUGCUCCUGUCCUACUGUUGCAUCAACGCCGCCUGGUAUCACCUCAUGGAAGUGCAGGACUCUGCGGAGCUGGGUUUGAUUGACGUGUCGCUGCGUAGCAUCAUUGUCGGCGCCCUGACGGCAUUGGUCGUCCUUCCCGUUCACCUCGGUAUUGUCUUCCUCUUCCGGAGAAGCAAAGUAAGAAGAACAAGGAAGAUACAAGCAGACAAGGAGUUUGCCUCGGGCAAGAGGCAGAGUUUCCUUUCCGAUCCGGGCCCCCCCACUGAGUGGAGCCCGACUUUUUAUUCUGAUCAAGGUACGAUUGAGACGGUGAUGACCACAGAUAGUGGGAUGAUCCUGGACCAGCCUUAUAUCAACUGGACGGCUCUACAGAAGUGGGCACAGAAGACCUGGGACAAGAAGUAUUCGGAUUCCAUCCCAGGCAGUCCUGCGACCAGCCACACAGGCAGCCAAGCUGACACACAGGCCAGCAGUUCCCACGACAGCCAACCGUGUCACUCGGAACAUUCAGGCAGCCAACAGUCUGUGCAGCUGCCACCCCACCCGGGCUCUGGGUCCUCGGAGUGUUCCAGCGGGUUCGAGGACUACCAGAGCCAGGAUAAACACAAGCACAACGGCCUGGGGGGGUCACAGAGUACCCACAGCAGUGACACUGGCAGUCUGCACACCGAAACUGCUACAGAAGUGACCAUCCAGGAGCCUCGUAAGAAGUUGAGGAAGAUCUUCCUGCCGCCGUGGUGUCGGUAUGUGGCCUGGGCAGCCUGUGUGGUCAUCAUCCUCCUGUCCGGAGUGGUCACUAUCCUGUAUGGCUUCAGGUUUGGGAAGACCCAGAGCAUCCGUUGGCUCCAGUCUCUGUUCUUCUCCCUGAUGCAGAGUGUCUUCUUAACACAGCCUCUCCUGGUAGCAGUUGUGACGCUUUACAUCUCGUGGCGCGAGCGGCACAACAACCGCGCGCUGGAUUACCGUGACAGCGAUGACAGCAGCUACGACACCAUCAGUACCAUGUCGUCUGAGCUCCGGCGCAAGAUCCACGCUCCCAAACCCACCUCGCGACUGGAGACAUACCGGGAUAGCAACGAUCUGGAGAAGGGUAUCCAGGCCCGUCAGCGCUCGCGGUACCUGAGGUUCGCACGUCCUCCACAGGAGACCCAGCUACGGCCUGCUCAGGAGAAGAGCAAACAGGAGAAGCUACUGGGCGAGGGAAUCAGACAAGGCUGGCUGUAUGGAACCCUGUUUGUACUGGUGAUGCUGAUAGCCUACAGUCGGGUGUCAGGAGGGGCGUACUUACUGAACCAGACCGCCAGGAACACAUUUGUCAGGCCUACUGAAGGGUUUGGCUCUGUGAAGUCUGUUGAUGACUGGUGGAGGUGGAGCCAGGGGCACCUUCUGGACCACAUGUACUGGACCAACUGGUACAACGGACAGCCCAGCAGUAUACAGGGAGGAACAUUUGAUGGUGGGAGUGUGCUGCUUGGAGAAGUCACCCUCAGACAACUGAGGGUCACGGAGGAGACAUGCAUGGUCCCUCCCCAGUACAGUGCCCACCUCCCGCAGCUGUGCAGACCUGACUACACCUCCUCCACCAGAGACACCCAGCCGUACGGGGUGAACAGUUCCUGGGUGUACACCGCCGCUCACAGCUCCAGCCACCAGGGGUGGUUCUCCUACUACCACGGAGGUGGUUAUGUGGUCGCUCUGAACAGGUCAAGGACUGAAGCCCAAACACAGCUGUCAGAACUGUACAGCCAGCAGUGGAUAGAUGAUAAGACCAGAGGAGUGGCAGUGGAGUUCAGCUACUACAACCCUCCUACUAACCUGUUUGGUACUGUGUCCCUGUUGCUUGAGCUGCCAUCCCUGGGUAGAGCCUACACCCUGCCCCUGGUGUCUGCCGUCACCCUGUAUCGCUAUGCAGGGACUUACAACUACUUCAUCAUGGCUUGUGAGCUCCUGAUGCUGACCAUUGUGUUGUACACCAUCAAGGUUGAGAUGUGUGAAGCUAUGAACGAGAAACGUGGCUGUUACUGUAACCCCUGGCACUGGCUACAGGUGUCUGUUAUCCUGGUCGCGGUGUCGUACUUCAGCUGUUGCGUGUACCGUUUCGUGAUCGCGUGGUCGGCGGUGGAUCGCCUGUUGGUGACCUACCACGAGGCUUUUGUGGACCUGUCACAUAUCGCUGAUAUGGACCAGGUUGUUGCAGCCCUGGCAGGCGUGAUGUUGCUGCUCCUCAUGUUGAAGAUGUUACAUCUGCUCAGGUUCUACAGCGUCUUUACCACGUUCAGCAUGGUCUUCCACAGGGCAGCAUGGGAGAUCUUCACAUUCAUGCUGUGGCUGUUGAGUUUACUGGUUGCGUUCAGCCACCUGGGGACGUUGCUGUUUGGUCAGUACAGUCUGAACUUCAGCACCUUCUGGCUGACCCUUCAGACGUUGUGCCACACGGCGGUCGGUCACCAGCACCUGGACAAACUCAGGGAGACCCACAGCUGGCAACUAGGCCUGUACCUUGGAGCAUUCUUCGCUCUAGUCAUGGUUCUCUUGGUUGGACUGAUUAUCGGUAUCCUGACAUCAGCGUACAAGGCCGUGAAGAUUCGCUCCAAGACAGACUCUCCGUCUAUCACCAUGGCAACCUACGUCUGGGAGAAGUUCCUGAUGUGGGCAGGGUUCAAGUCCCCACCCCAGGGGGAUGUGCCCAAGGGUCCCAACGUGGUCCCCUCGGAGUACACCAUGGCGGAGUUUGAGUACCAGGUGGACGAGUUGUUUUUCCGGAUGAACGCCAUCUGUAGCCAGGAGGGAAUCCUGGACAAGCCGUGCUCGUGUUACGACAUUGACGUGUUCUAUGGGGUAGGGGACGAUGGCAUUUCUAGUGGUGGUUCGGAGAUCCGGCCCUACGAGGACCAGCGGCUGCAGGAGCGCUGUGAGAAGAUUGAAGCCGGUCUGUACCAGACAGAACCGGAUAUGUCCACCCUGAUGCAGCAGAGAAAGGAGUCGGACAACCCUGCCUUCUCAGCCAAGGAAAAACAACUCAGAUCUCAGUUGGAGCUUGAGAUAUUCCGGCAGUUGCAGCUGCAGCGUCCGGAGCAGGUCGUGUCGGUCAGCUCCAGCCAGUGCCUGUCAGAAACCCUCCCCAGCAGCUACGGGGAUUCCCAGUCUGACUUACAGGGGACCACCCUCUCCCACCCCGACCUGCAGGCCAGCCACGGGGACUCCCAGUUUGACCUGCAGGGGUCGUACACCAGUUCGCAGCUGCAGGAGGGAAGUCUGAGUGGAGAUUCCGCGACCGCGCUGCUGCGGCAGGAGUUGUACAGGCAGCACGCUGCAGCAAAGCUACCGCAGCUCGACACCAAGAAGGGAAAAAUCAGCUUCCCUCGGCCACUUGAGCCUCCAGGUGCCUUGCAGUUUGAAAGGGGUGGUAACCUCCAAGACAGCUCCUCUCAGAGAACCCCUCCCCACUUAUCCAGCAGUCGUAGACCCUUACCCAGGAGAACUUUCAGUGACAGUAGUGUGGACGUAGACAGCACACACACGACCUCCAGCAGCGCGAACUCCUCUCGCGAUCUACCUCAGAAACUCCCGCCUUCCUCCAUCGUGACGGACAGUGAUGCGGCGGAGGUGCUCAGACCCGGCAACUGUUUCCCGCCCUUACCGGGAAACGUACCGGAAAGCUGCUCCGAGGAGUACGAGCUGGGCAGCUACACUUUACACUACGUGGAAACGGAGGGGGAGAGAAAGGGACUGGUGAAAACCGGUCACAUCCUGAGGAAAACCAGGACAAAGGGCAAGGGGAAGGGGAAAGGGAAGGGGAAAGGGAAGGGGCGGUCCGGGGGGAGGGACUACGGGCACUACAACGAGGGGUACAGCUCGGACAACGAGUCCGAGUUUGAAGAGGAAAGAUGGGAGGGGAAAAAGGCAGCAUGGUAGCCUGCACACCCCCGUCGGCAAGUGAGACCACCUUGAUGUCUGUUGUGGUUCUGGCCUCUUAGGAUUAUUCUACAGAGUUUGUGGGGGUGUUUCUGAGUCGCGUAAGUACUUAUUUUGAUAUGAGAAAAUGAUGUCAAGUGAGUCUUGUAUCAAAAGUUGGAUUUCUACAGGUAAAGUCUGAAGUUGGAGGCAGCUACUGUGGUUUUCUGUCUGUGUGUCAUGUUGAGAGGUAUUGUCUGACACUGCCUGUGUCUUCCCUUUGUUCUAUUUGUAGUCAUCCUUGAAAAAUGCAGUUACAUUCCAUGAAAGAUGCUAGAAAAAUAGAAUUGUUUUGUAUCUGAAGCGUAAAGACUGUUCUUAUAUUUUAUGUUGUUGCUGUUUUCUUUACAAAAGUAUGUUUUAAUACUGCAUAGUUAUGAUUAUAUUUAUAGUUGUAGAAACUGAGAUUAAUGAUAUGAAACAAAGAAGUUGUUUCAUGCUUACUGUGGAAACUGCCAGUUUUAUUUUGUUAAAACCUGUUCCUUUGUAAAAUUUGAUGUUAUUGCUUGGGAAUACUCAAGUGGCAAUGUCCACAUUUAGAAAUGGUAUUGCAAUUAAUCUUUUUAAAUCAGCCAUCUUGUAAUUACUUAAUAACUUAUAUUUGUUAAAUUUACCUUGAAGAGGAGAUUGUUGCAAUUUUAUGUAUUGCUCUUAGGCUUGAUUUUACCAUAUUGGAUGCAAUAACAUUGUGUGUUACAUGGAAUCAAUGGUAUUGUACAUAGAAAACACCUCUAGCCGUAAACUUUAGUUUUGACAUUGGUAACAUUGCCAUGACAGUGUAUUUUGAUAUUCACAUAAUUUUUACCGCAAAAAAUGUUAAAUUGAUUAAGUUACCAAAAGCUGUACUGUUUAAUUCUGUCUUAAGUCAUAGCGAAACAUACCUUUUCUUUGGAUAUAAGUAACUAUCUUUGUGUAGAGGGCAUCAUGUAUUAUUUAGUCUGUAAAUCAUCCAGUACUGGUAUUUAUUCUUGCUUUAUGUCAGAAAAGGCGACGCUUUCAGGCAAACUUGUUGUACGUACUUAAUUUUUUCAGUACUUGAUCAAAUACCAGUAUUAUUAUUUAGUAAAUUAAGUUCCAGGCCAAUGAUGAUCAUGUUGUUGAUAUUGUCCUGUAUAUUUGUAUGAUGCGUAAAAUAUAAGUAAAGAAGUGAUACGUGAUACGCACGUAUACAGCCUUGGGACCAGUUACUCAAUAUGUGCUGAACUGCAUUUAGUGACAUACGUGUAUGUUUUAUUUAUGAAAAUGCUGUUGAAUUGUACAGUUACUAUGUUCAGUUUGUACAUUGCCAUGCAGCAUCAGUAGUAUGAAUAACAUCCUUUCUGGUACCGAUUUUCAUGCAACAGCACAGGUAAAAAAGUUGCCACAACUUAAACGAAAUUAUGUGCUAUAUUGGUGGUUUACAUGGUCCUAAACAGCUUUUUCAGCUGUCAUGAAAGUAUGUGUGGGAAUGGAUGUAUUUCAUAAAAUAACCUAUAAUGCUGUAAAGGAUAAAAAUAUGCAUAGUUCUAAACUCAGGUAGUGUGCUGUUAUUCACAUUCCCAACUUUAUUCAUCCAUAUUUUACUCAUACAUUCAGGUUUGGUUAUCUUUAUUCCAGUACUAUUAGGUGUAGCACCUUUAUUGUUAAGGUGUUAUGAUACUGAUUAUAAUGUAUAUUUUCAUACAUGUAAAUAAAUAUAAUCCGAAAUCAAUACAUAUUUUACUACCAAACAA